AUGAGGGUGCGUCAGUCGACGCUCGGCGACUGGAGGUGCUCCGCGCUUCGCGCCGCGCCCCUCACCGCCAGAGCAACGACCCCAUGUCGGCUCGCCGCCUACAAGAUAUAUGUGGAUAGCCCGCAGCACGCCGCUGCGCCGCCGACGCGGUCACUGCCACCAUCGUCGCUUAACGCGCUUAUAGCAUCAAGAGUAGAGAUGCAGGCGCGCAGGGCGCUGAUGGCGCUGGCGGCGUUGGGCGCGCUGGCGACAGUGUCAGCGGAGCGCGGGGGAGGCAUAAAAGUGGGGGGCGCGGCGGCGGGGGGAGCGCGCGACGGCGGCCGAGGAGGCGGCGUGCGCCUCGGCGGCGAUGGGUUGCGACGCGCGCGCACCUCCCCCGCGCCCUCUGCCCCGCGCACGCCCUCCGUCAUAACCGCUGCGCUGGUCGUGCCGCACAAGGCCUUCGGCGCGCGGGACUACACGCGCGCCGAGAAGGCGGCCCUCGCCAAGCUGCCGCGGAAACUGCAGAAACUCUUCUCGCACGUGCGCCUAAAUAUUACGCUUUCUAUGCAGGGCCUUACGCCUAGUCCCAUGUCUAUCUUGGACUCGCUAUGUAAAGAAUUUUUAGCAGUCAAUGUUUCUGCUAUUCUAUAUCUUAUGAAUCACGAACAAUACGGGCGUACUACUGCCUCAGCACAAUAUUUCCUACAACUUGCCGGAUAUCUUGGCAUACCGGUCAUCGCGUGGAACGCUGAUAAUAGCGGCCUUGAAAAACGUGCCGCUCACGCAUCAUUACGACUUCAGCUGGCCCCGUCCAUUGAACACCAAACAGCCGCCAUGUUGUCGAUAUUAGAGCGAUACAAGUGGCAUCAGUUUAGUGUUGUCACGUCUGCCAUUGCUGGCCAUGACGAUUUUAUUCAGGCUGUUCGAGAAAGAGUCACUGCCCUUCAAGACCGUUUCAAAUUUACCAUUUUGAACGCGAUCGUUGUAAAGAGAGGAUCGGAUUUAAACGAGCUAGUGACAAGUGAGGCACGUGUUAUGCUAUUGUAUGCCACAAGAGAAGAAGCUGCAGACAUACUGUCAACGGCCAGAGAUCUACAUCUUACCGGAGAAAAUUUCGUGUGGAUAGUCACACAAAGCGUUCUGGGUUCCAUGCAGCAACCCAACAAAUUUCCAGUUGGAAUGCUCGGUGUGCAUUUUGAUACGUCGACGGUUAUCACGGAGAUCGCAACAGCGGUGAAAGUUUUCGCGUACGGUGUCGAGUCGUACGUCUCGGAGGCGGAGUACGCGCGCUAUCCGCUCGGCACUAGGCUGUCGUGCAGCGGCGUGGGCACGGGGGAGGCGCGAUGGUCGACGGGCGAACGUUUCUACCGCCACCUGAGAAACGUUAGUGUGGAAGGCGAAGGAGGGCGGCCCAACAUCGAGUUCACCCCGGAGGGGGAACUGAAAGCCGCCGAGCUGAAAAUCAUGAAUCUCCGACCAGCUAUGGGCGAACAGUUAGUUUGGGAAGAGAUUGGUACAUGGAACUCAUAUCCCAGGGAAAGGUUAAUAAUCAAGGACAUAGUGUGGCCUGGUGGACUGCACACCCCACCACAAGGUGUGCCGGAGAAAUUCCAUAUGCGGAUAACAUUUUUGGAAGAACCUCCAUACAUAAAUCUGGCACCCCCUGACCCUGUAAGCGGACGCUGUUCUUUAGACAGAGGGGUCAUAUGUCGGGUGGCGCCAGAAGUGGAUGUUGCCGGGAUAGAGGCGGGGACUGCACACAGAAACAGUUCCUUGUACCAGUGUUGUAGUGGAUUUUGUAUCGAUUUACUACAACAACUGGCUGAGCAGCUCGGUUUUACGUAUGAACUUGUAAGAGUAGAGGACGGCCGGUGGGGUACGCUCCAUCACGGUAAAUGGAAUGGUCUUAUAGCCGAUCUGGUUAAUAAAAAAACCGAUAUGGUCCUGACGUCACUGAUAAUAAAUUCAGACCGUGAGGCCGUAGUAGACUUUAGCGUUCCAUUUAUGGAGACGGGCGUGGCAAUAGUUGUGGCUAAACGGACAGGCAUUAUAUCUCCUACUGCAUUCUUAGAGCCGUUCGACACCGCCUCCUGGAUGCUAGUGGGAGCUGUCGCGAUACAAGCUGCGACGUUUUCAAUAUUCUUCUUCGAAUGGCUGUCCCCGAGCGGGUUCGACUGUUCAACCGGUAACAAUUCGAAGAGAAUACCGCAGAAUCGAUUCUCGCUUUGUCGCACUUAUUGGAUUGUGUGGGCCGUACUAUUUCAGGCGUCGGUACAUGUCGAUUCGCCGCGCGGCUUCACGGCGCGUUUCAUGACGAACAUGUGGGCGAUGUUCGCCGUGGUCUUCCUCGCCAUCUACACUGCCAACUUGGCGGCGUUCAUGAUAACUCGGGAGGAGUUCCACGAGCUGAGCGGCUUGGACGAUCCGCGGAUAGCGAGGCCCUUGUCGCACCGUCCGGCCCUCAAGUUCGGCACCGUGCCCUGGUCGCACACGGACGCGACCCUCGCUAAGUAUUUCCCGGAGCCCCACGCGUACAUGGCUCAAUUUAAUCGUAGUACGGUAGGCGCAGGCGUCACGAGUGUUCUCACCGGUGACCUUGACGCUUUCAUAUAUGAUGGGACGGUACUGGACUAUUUAGUAUCACAAGACGAAGACUGCCGGCUUCUAACAGUAGGUUCGUGGUACGCUAUGUCCGGUUACGGAUUAGCGUUUACGCGUAAUUCUAAAUAUCUUAGUAUGUUCAACAAAAGAUUACUUGACUUGCGUUCGAAUGGAGACCUUGAAAGGUUACGCAGAUAUUGGAUGACAGGGACUUGCAAGCCUAAUAAACAGGAGCAUAAAUCCUCGGAUCCAUUAGCCCUGGAGCAAUUCCUUUCGGCGUUCCUUCUGUUAAUGGCCGGCAUACUACUGGCGGCGCUCUUGCUUUUGCUCGAGCACGUUUACUUCCGUUACAUGCGGGAGCAUUUGGCUGCCUCCAGUGUAGGCUCUUGCUGUGCUCUCGUCUCUUUGUCAAUGGGACAAUCAUUAUCGUUCCACGGUGCGGUCGUGGAGGCUGCGUCGCGAGGCAUCGGUGCUGGAGGACGCGGCCAUUGUCGUUCGGCGGUGUGGCGCGCUCGCCACGAGCGCGACGCGGCGAUGGCGCGCGCGCGCCAACUGGCGGCGGCGUUGGCGGCGCACGGUCUGCAACCGCCCCCGCGGCGGCUGGCGUCCGCCGCGGCGUUGCUGGCGGGGGGAUUGCCGCACGACGCAACGCGCCCGCGAACGCUGCGCGCUCCCGCCGACCUGCUGCCCGACCUCGACCGUCCGCUCUCCUGCGGCGAUCUGCGCUCCAGAGAGCGGACGCGAGUGGAAAUGGAAACAGUGCUG